AUGGAAGCGAGCAAGAGAUUAUCUCGAUUAACAAAGAGCAAUCUUGAAAUAUUUUCUAUCGUAUGGCUCGAUACUUGCGUCAAUCUUGUUCAGGAAAAUCCUGAUGUUCAACAACGAAUUCGUGCAACAAUCAAUCAUUUGGAAAUAUUUUCUGCGAAGGACGAAUGUGAGCAAUAUAUUCGAUCUGUACAUCCCAACGAUCAGAUCAUUUUUAUUGUCGACUGUCAAUCUGGUCAAGACAUUGUGCCUGACAUUCAUCAAUUGCCACAAAUUUCCUCCAUAUAUAUCUACUGUCUAGAUAAGCAGAAAUACGAACCAUGGACGAAGUCAUUCUCAAAAAUCAAAAACGUUAUUGCACAUGUGGAUGAAUUGAUCGAACAAAUUCAGUCAGAUCAAACUAAACGAGUUCAUAAUAGACAUAACGAAACGCUUUCGAUUGAUUUUUUUCACGCAAAUGAGAGUUCAGAGCAAUCAAGUACGGCGCUAAACGGUCAAUUUAUUCAUUCUCAACUUUUGAUAAAUUGUCUUCUUCGAAUGAAAUUAUCGAUAAAUGAUAAAAAUGAGCUUAUUUCGCUGUGUAAAGAAGAAUACAACGGUAAUCCAAGACAAAUAUCUAUUGUUGGUGAAUUUGAAACGAAUUAUUCACCUGAUCGGGCUGUAUGGUGGUAUACAAGAGAUUCAUUUCUAUACAAAAUCUUCAACAAGGCUCUUCGAAUGCAAAAUAUCGAUGUACUUUUUCUUUUUCGAUUCUUUCUUCGCGAUCUUGAACAACAACUGAAACAGUACAAAUGUUCAUCGACAAUUCGUGUCUAUCGAGGUCAACUCAUAUCGAAUAACGAGCUAAACAAACUGAAAGCUUCGAUCGGACAAUUUAUUUCAAUGAACUCAUUUCUAUCAACGACUAUCGAUCGUGAUGUAGCGCUCUUCUUUAUUGGUGAUAUUCAUUCCUUAGACGAUGAACUCAAGCCAAUUUUAUUCGAGAUUGAUGUUGAUCCCCGACUUGAUGGCACCAAACCAGUUGCUGACAUAACAUCGCUCAGUUACUUUCAUGCCGAACAAGAAGUACUCAUUAUGCUCGGAUCAAUUUUUCGUCUUACUGAUCUACAUCAAGAUGAGAACGAAAUAUGGAUCGGUCAGAUGACGCUAUGUAGCGAUAAUGAUCAUCACUUGAAUCAAGUGUUUGAAUUCAUGAAGAAUGAAUAUGGAACUGGAGAGACUGAUCUUCUUUCAUUUGGUCAUAAACUAAAGGACAUGGGUAGAUUUGACGACGCGGGCAAAUACUAUCGUCGAUUGCUCAAUGAACUACCGUAUGAUCAUAAAGAUGUUCCACGCUGUUACCACAACCUCGGAAAUAUGGCGUUUCAAAAAGGAGAUUAUGAUUCCAGUCUCCAAUGGUAUAAUAAGUCGCUCGAUAUUUGGAAUCGAACACUUGAGACGAAUGAUCCUCUUCUAGCGACGGGCUACAAUAAUAUUGGUCUUGUGUACGAUGACCAAAAUGAUUCGAAGAAGGCACUUGAAAUGUACGAGAAAGCAUUGCAGAUUUGGAAGCAAAAGUUUGGUGAGAACCAUGCUAAUAUAGCCAAAUGUUACAAUAACAUAGGUGUCGUCUAUCGAAAAGAGAAAAAUUAUCAUACGGCACUUAAGUAUUAUCAAAAGGCACUGAGUAUCCUGCAGAAGCUUCUUCCCGUCGAUCAUCCAGAUUUAGGCUUACCACAUAGUUGUAUUGCCAAUAUUUAUUAUUAUAUGGGCGAAUAUGACCUUGCCUUGCACUACCAUGAGCAAGCACACAGAAUCAAAUUGAAAACUCUCCCUUCUCAACAUUCCUCGAUUGCAAAUACACUUGAGAAUAUUGGACUUAUUUACGAAUGCAAGGGUGACUUACAACGUUCUCUGUCAUAUUAUAGAAAUGCAUCCGACAUAUUUCAUCAUACACUGCCGUCUACACAUCCAAAUGUCAUUAAAGUUGAGCAAAGUGUCAAUCGCAUUCUUUCAAAAAUAAUGUCAGAAUGUGCUCUACAUGAAUAA